AUGUUUCUUUUAAUAAAGAAAUUGUUUAAACGUGCUCCAAUGACCGAGUUAAAUUAUAGAAAUAAACUAAUUCUUGCUCCAAUGGUUAGAAUUGGUACUCUCCCAUUGCGUCUUUUAGCAUUAGAAUUUGGAGCAGAAGAAACAGGAGUUAUUGAAUAUAUAGAUAAACAGAAUACGAUGAAUUUUCAAACACUUCCAAUUGAGAAAUCAAAAUUAAUAUUUCAAAUUGGAACUUCAGAUCCAGAUCUCGCGUUAAAAGCUGCAUUAAAAGUGAAAGAAGAUGUAUCAGGAAUAGAUGUUAAUUGUGGAUGUCCUAAAAAAUUUUCAAUACAAGGUGGUAUGGGCGCAGCUUUGCUAUCAAAUCCUGAAAAAUUAAAGGCUAUAUUGAAAAAUUUAGUAGAUAACUGUGGUCUCCCAGUUACAUACACGAAAGAAAAAACAAUAGAAUUAUGUAAGAUGAUAGAAUAUACAGGUGUUAAAGCAAUCGCCGUUCAUUGUAGAACUCGUAAUGAACGACCAAGACAACCUGGACAUUGGGAAAUAUUUAAAGAUAUAAUGGAGAACGUUAAAUCCAUCCCAAUAAUUGCAAAUGGAGAUAUUUUUCAACAAUCAGAUAUUAUCAAAUUGAAAGAAUUAUCAACUCAAAGUAACGUGUCAAUAUUUUGUAAAGAUGGAUUAUUACCAUUAAAUGAAGUUGCAACUAUGUAUAUUAAAAAGGCUAUGAUGAUAAGAAAUCAUUUUCCAAAUACAAAAUACACGAUCUUACAAAUGUAUGCUGAAAAAUCUAAAGAGCCGGUUUAUAAAUCAUUGACUCAAUCAAAAACUUACCAAGAUUUAUGCAAAAUUUUCAAUUUGAAAGAUGAAUCAGUUUUAUCACAGAAUAAUAAUGAUGUUGAUGCACAGCAUAAAAAACCUGACUCAAAUUAUAUUUAG